UUUAAAUGUUGUAAAACAUAGUCAAGCAGUUCCUUUUUUUGCUAUAUAUUAUAUUGUUUUCUAUAUUGCAAUUGUAAUUAUGGUGCAAUGACCAAUAAUUAAUAUUAAGCAUUUUUUUUAUAUUAAAAAUAUCAAAAAAUAAAGUAGUAAAAAUUAAGCAAUGAAUUCAACCGCAACAUUGAAAGUUUCUGAGUUAAUGCGUAACAUUAUUGUGUACGUAGAAGUUAGAACUGAAGAAGACAAUCGGUCUGAAGGCAUUAAAAAAGUAAUUUCCAGCCUUGGUGCUAAAGUUAACAAUCGACUAACAAGAAAAACUACGCAUGUAGUCUUUAAAGAUGGAUUGCUAUCAACAUAUAAAAAAGCAAAGCAGUUAAAUAUACCAUUAGUAUCAAUACUGUGGAUUGAAGCUUGCAAAGAAAAUUUUAAAAUAAUGGAUCCAUCGCUUUUUCCAAUUUCCAAUAUCGACCGCUACGAAUUUCCUGAAAUGUAUGACAAGAUCAAAAGAAUAAAAAAUAUGCAACCUGAUGCAAUUGAUAAGAAAACAAGAUUAAAUAGCAUAAAACAUGUACAAAGGAACAAUUUAAAACAAAUGGAAAGCCCACACACUGCAAAACUUAGAUUACCCAGAAUACCAAGGACCCCUAAAGAUAACUUAAAUAAUAUACUUACCGAAUUUCAAGACAAAAUAAUGUCCACACCGGAUAAUGAUGAAAGUUUAGUUUUUAAAUCAAAAUUAUUACAAAAAAUACAAAGUUCGCCAUUUACGCCAAGCAAAAUAAAGGAACAUUCUAAAGGUUUUGGUAAAACAAAUAAAAAUGUUACUGAAAACGUUUCGAGUGAUAACGCCGAAGACAGUUUAAAAAGCUCUAAUUCGGAUAACGAAAAUUCGUAUGCAAAAAAACCUAAGAUCAAUUUUGUUAAUAAAAUUUCUAAAGGAAAACAAAGUUACCGUAGAAAAACCAUUUCAUCCACUCCAAAUCAGAAUAAUAUUGCAGGUUCUAAAAAUUUGUCAUAUUAUUUUACGCCCACCACAAGCAAAGUUUUUUUACCAACCGGAAACAAAACAAUAGAGAGUUCGAAAGACCAGAAUUGCAAUGAUAUUUCAAAUGCAAUAUUAUCAAAAUCUAACAAUCAAGUUUUUAAAGAUAAUAACGAGAUAGACAACUCAUCAAUUGUACAUAAUGAAAAAACUAGUCGAAGAACUUUAUACACACCGCAAAAUAUGGAAAUUUCAAAAUUUCAUUCUGCUCGGCGUAUAACUAACAACAGAAGAAGAACAUUAUUUGAUAUUUCUUUAGAUUUAAUAGAUAAAGGAUUAAAGAACAUUAAUGAACAACUGAAAACAAAUAAAACGAUUGCAGAGGAAUGCACGAUUAAUGAUCAGACCAACAUAAAAAAUGUAGAUGAUUCAUUAAAAAUUUCUUCUACUCCUACAAAUGAUCCCGAAAAUACCCCUAUCGUGAAAAAGCGAAAACUUUUUAUGCCAGAUCAAGUUGAAUUAACUCCAUUAACUGAAUUAAGUAAAUCUUUAUUAUCAUCCAAAAAAAGAACUCGCGACUGUGAAUUAUUAUUAGACCAAAAAAAAAGUAAUAAAAAACGCAGAACUACAGUCAAUGGUUUGAUAAUACCAACUUUUAACAAAGAAAAUCGACGAAGUUCGUUUGAUUUUGAUAAAUUUCCAAAAAAGCAAAUAACUUUAACGCCACAAACGGACAGAACCAAAAUAAAGAAUAUUCUUGUUUGCACAAAUAUGCAUAAAGAACAGCUUGAAUUUGUUGAAAAAGUCGUCAAAUCAUUAGGAAAUUUCGAAGUUGAAACCCAAGUUACUGAAAAAACAACUCACGUUGUUUCCCUUGAAUGUCGCCGUACGAUUAACAUAAUUAAAGGUAUAAUUCGAGGAUUGUGGAUUUUGAAAUAUGAAUGGGUAGUCGAUUCUUUCAAUAAAGGUAAAUGGUUGCAUGAAGAAACUUAUGAGUUACGUGAAUUUUCUCGAACAGUGGAAAUAUGUCGUUCUGAAAGGCAAGCUUUUGGACCAACAUAUAGAAUGGAGUUGUUUGCCGAUUUAGCAUCUAUUUAUGUUUCAAAUAAAUGUAAAGUUCCAGUUGAUAGUUUAAAAGAUGUUGUUAAAUUAUGUUCAGGUCAUUUAGUUAAGGAUCCAAAACAGUGUAAAUAUGUCAUUGGAGACUACUUUGAAGGAAAAAUAUGUCUUGAACCUCAAUGGAUAUUAGACUGCAUUACAAAUAAUAAAAUAGUAAAAUUUUUUAAAUAUACAAUUAAACCAGAAAAUUAAAUGCAUCUUUGAAUUUUUAUCUUUAUUAAUUCAAAAAUUUAGACUGAAAAAGUAAUUUAGAAAUAAAAUUUGAAAACUGUUCAUUUCAGCACUAAAUUUUUAUAUGAUUAUUACAAAUAUGUAUAUUAAAAAUUAAUUCCUCAAGAUGCUAGACGUAUGUAUGUAUGUCUAUUUAGCCGACUUGGGGUUUUGAUUAAUUAAUAAUCAAUAAUUUAAAGCUAAAAAGUUUAAACAUAUAACGUAUUUUUAAAGUUAGUUAAGUUGUCGAAGUUUUGCAUUCUAAUUAAUUUUAUGUAUUUAGAAGCCGAAAUGUACUUUUAACUAAAUUAUAUAAAAAUUAUAUUAAUAUAAAAAAUUUCUAAAACUCAAAAAAAGUUACAUAUAACACAGUAGUAAUUUAUUUAUACAUAGCAAGGGAGUUUUCGUUUAUGCAC